AUGCAGAGCAAGGAACGAGGCCGUAGAGAUGGCAGUCUAAGACAUCAGAAGAGUAUAACCAUCGGAGACGCGCUUUUGCGUGCAUCUGAACCGUCUCUGUCCUUCUUCCUACACCCAUUGCACGUGAAAUUUGCACCCAAUAUGGACGAUCAAGUUAUCGCUCCGACUGGAGCCGAUCAAAACAAUGGCCUUGUCACCACCACGGCCACUACAACUUCUACUUCCACCACCACUCAACUUCGUCGCUCACAGCGUCUCAUUGAGAACCAGAACCAGAACGGUCAAACUGCUACCACAGGCCCACCUCGCGCAACACGCGCCCCACGUCCCAUCGACCCCGUCCAGAGAAGGAAGAAAGCAUGGCCGCAAUUGUGGGAGCCCUGGCGCAUCGAGGCAAUCGCUACCUACCUGCAAAUGUCUGGUCCCGAAGCUGUUGAACGUCUGAGAACCACGUUGGAUGAACUCUGGAAGACAGAUCCCCAACAAGCAUCUGUCUACGAAGACGCCUUGCCGGUCUACGAUGCAAGAGUUCGUGCUGCCAAACCGAAUGCCGUUGCUGCCCCUGAAGCAGGGCCUUCCUCACAAAACAACGACACGGCUGCCCCUGAAGCUGAAGAAACUGACUCGGAAAGCACUAUCUCUGCCCACGGGACCCAGAUCACCUUCAAUGACAGACCUGUCGCAUCUGCUGAUCACGAAGCUGCACUGACUUUGAUGAGCUUGAGAUCUGCCGGCAACACUCAAGACUACAUCGGGUAUGGGGCUAGUGAGCGCUUGAAGGGUCUGCAACCUUUCAAUCCAGUGGAUGCACCCACCACCACAAGCAAAAUCCUGCCUCUGGACGGCAUAUUUGAGACCAACGUCACUGGCGAAGGAGUGCUCCCCCCUGUGCGCACUCAAACUCCCGAUGUCCCCGGUGUCUCCACUAGAGGGAAGGGCAAGCAGCCGGCCACUUACAGUACUUUGACCACCUCGCCCAAAAACGACGAUCCAACUCUCAAGAAUGCCAACAACAUCUCCAAGGCACUCUCAGAAGUCAGCAGAUUCGUCAAACCGUUGACUCGUUCUACCAAGCCUACGGGCAAUGUCAUUCCAAUUACUUGCAAACCUCGCUCGUCUCGCACUUAUAUCAUCGACAAGGAUGCGAUCAAGAUCGUGGAGACACCCACUAUCUUGCGUCGCAGCAAGCGCAAGAUCACCCAUGAUUCAGAAAACGAGGAUACUGUUGUUGAUCUCACUGGUCAUGACCGCCCUGCCUCGCCCAAGAAGCCGAAGGCCAGCUGCAAGAAGGGAGAGACCGUUGAGGAGUCAUCAAUGCUGCUUCGCUCAAAGCGUAAGGUGAUUCAUGUUGAGGAAGUAAAGAACGACAACCCAUCUUCCCCUGAGGAGAACACCGAAAAAUCAACCAAGUCUCCUGACAAACAAGUCACUCAACAACGCACCCUGAGGCGCCGCAGCGCGCGCAAGAUUGUUUACGACUCAGACGACGAGGCUGAGGCAUUCUCGACCAACAUCAAGAGCACAGCUGGUUCCCAGAAGGUCAAGAAGGAAGAGGCCGAGGAGAAGUCGCCUGUAUUGCGUCGUACCAAGCGCAAGUUGACUCGCGUCAUUGAAGAUGAAGAUGACGACUUCCCUCUCCCUGACGAUGAUCUUCCCACCCCCAAGAGAUCCAAGAAGGCUGUGAAGAAGGUCACGAAGGAUCUAGCUGAUGAAGAAGACUUCGAUGACUCCUCCCCCGAAGAUGUUCGUCCUACACCCAAGAAUUCCUGGAAAGCUAUCAACAAGUCAAACGAAACUUCCAUCGAUGAAGACGAGGAUGAUAAUGAUGACGACGAAGACGAAGAAGAAGGUGCUCCUGUCAAGAAGCGCAAGCAAGCUACCAAGAAGGCAACUUCGACCCUUGUCCACCCUCCCGCCAACCUCCCUCUCAAGGCUCCUGCAAACCACCCUGACAUUCCUGACGGCGCUCUCGCCCUCAACGAGCACUUCAAGAAGAACACUCCUCGUCCCCUCGGUGUUCAGCUUCCUAUCAACAGAAACCGCACCAGAUGGGAAUGGAUUCCUUACAACACCCGCAAGGUCGCCAACGCCAACUUUGACUGGGCAGACGACCAGCAGCGCAAGGACGCCAACCGCUUCCGUCAGCAGCGCAUUCGUCGUCGUCUUACUGAGCACGGCUACAUUCACGAUGGCCGCAAGAACCACUGA